AUGAGUGAAUAAUUGGAUUUGCUUCUCUUUCCAGUUGAAAUUGUGGUGUUUUGUGCUUUGGCUUUUGGAAUAUUCAAGUUAAAGAAGAAAUUGCCAAAUUUGUUGUUUCCUUGCCAAGGUGUCACUAUAUUUUUACCUCCUGAUGGCGAAGAUCUUAAAGAAAGCAAAGAUAAGAAAAGUAAGACUUUGGUUCAAAUUAAAACAACGCCAAGCCAAGCCUAACACUUUUAAUAAGUGCCCUUUGCUAAUGACAUGGAAAUUACGAUGUUGUUUAUCUAUAUGCUAUUUGCACAAUUUGUUAUAGUGGAGAUGUUGAAAAUGAUUGGUUCAGCUUUGGGAUAUUAUGUAAUUGACAGUGGAAUGCUCUUUUAUUUUGAUGGCAUCAUUGUCUUGAUGAUAAUAAGGAAUAUAUACAAAGCUGCCACUAUCGGAGGUUAUGAUUCCUAACAAACCAAGAUGUCCAUUGUAAUUUGUAUUAUCUCAAUUGUUAUUACAAUCUUUAUAAAUUUGGGAUUCAAAGAUUUCUUAAACAUAAACAUGAGACACGAAUUUUAAAGAUAGGCUGUUCAUCUUGAGAUUGUACUUAGAACUUUUAUUUAACCAGGAGUCUGGUCAUUUAUGGGAUAAUUCGGAGACUUAUUCGUAAUUGUGUUGGCUCUGAUGGUUUCGAUCAUAAUAUUUUGUAUCCUGCCAAUUUUAAUCAGAUUUGGAAAUUGUUUCACAGAAUUGAAGAAUAGCAUAUCAACAGAUAAAUCAUAAUAAAAAUUCUUUUAUUUGAUAGCUGGAUAAUUGAUAGCACACAUCAUCUAUAUAGCUUUGUACAUUAAACCUUUAAUUCAAAAUUUGGAUUAUGUCUUUCAUUUUCAAUUUUUGGCCAUCAUUGUAAUUGCCAUAUUACAAAUCCUGACAUACACAUUGGAGAUGGACAAACACAUGGCUAAGGGAUGCGAUUGGAUUAUGAUACUCAAAGAUUAACCAGAAUAAUAGGAGUAUGUGAAGAAAAGAGUGGAAGGAUUGCUAAGAGGGUUUGUUAUUGUGGCUUAUCAACUACUAUCAAAAAUAGCUAUUCCUAUUUUAUUAUUCAUGAUCUUGUUAUUGAAGAACUCCCAGAUACCUGAGACUCAUAUUAGGUACAAUUAUUUGCCUGCUAAUUAUGAACAGAAAGAGAUGUAUUGUGUUAAGGACAAUAUUAUAAUGAUGGACUUUUUAUUUGAGGAGAAGGAUGAUCCAGUUGAAGAUGCUAAUUUGGAUCCAUCAAAAAUAAUCAUGAAAAGGAUUACUAAAUAUGGGAUUUUCACAAAGUCAUUUAUUUACACGUUCAUAGAAUUCAUUCUUUUCAAUUAUUAUUUCAUUAGCUUCGUGCUAUCCAUAUUUUAUAUAUUCUUCCUCAAUAAGACUUAAUCAGUGAAGCAAACUCAAAAGAAGAAAAAGCAAUGA